GUGAAGGAUCGAGGUCCGGAGGCAACUCGGCGUUUCUUUAACUGGUUCUAUUGGUGCAUUAAUCUGGGUGCUAUCUUCUCGCUGGGUGGAGUUGCUUAUAUUCAGCAGAACGUUAGCUUCUUUAUUGGCUACGUCAUCCCUGCCGUCUGCCUCGGGGUGUCCCUCAUCAUCUUUGCCCUGGGCAGAACGGUAUUUAUAACCAAACCUGCAGACGGCAGUGCCUUCAGUGACAUGUUCCGGAUCCUGGCUUCUGCCCUCUGUGGACGCGGCCAGAUGACUCUAUUAGUCUGCAUUUUAGAGACGAAGAGGCUGGACAUUGUCCACACACAAGGUCCCAUCCCGCAGUCACUCAGUGGAGUUACAUACUAUGCAGCCGAUCUACCCAUAUGGUGGCAAGUGCCUCAGUACAUCCUCAUCGGUGUCAGCGAAAUCUUUGCUAGUAUUGCAGGUCUGGAGUUUGCCUACUCCGCAGCUCCUCGCUCCAUGCAGAGUGCUAUAAUGGGCCUGUUCUUCUUCUUCUCCGGCAUCGGCUCCUUUGUGGGAUCGGGACUACUUGCUAUCGUCUCUCUCAAAACCAUCGGCUGGAUGUCCUCGCAUAAAGACUUCGGUAACAUCAACGAGUGCACACUGAAUUACUACUUCUUCCUCCUGGCCGCCAUUCAGGGAGUCACACUCCUCGUCUUCCUCAUUGUGUCUGUGAAGUAUGACAAGCAGAAGCCCAGAGCAGCGAGCCACAGGGCGUCUCUGACCAACUCAUGACCCCCAUCAUCCUCACCAGCCUUACACAGCCGUACGUUCACCUUCAUUCCUCAGCCACCAAAUCAUUUGCCAAAUAUUAAACCUCGCAGUAUUUAAAAAAUGAGGUUUUAAAAUAUUUGAUUCAAAACUUGAAACCCCCUGUUUACUGGAACUGGCUAUUCUCUUGCCAUUUUAAACACGCAAGACAAUUAAAAAAAAAAAGAAAAGAAAGCAAUAAUUAGCUAAAGAAAAAAUUUCAUGUGAAAUGGUUGGAAAUGAGGUUUGUCCACUCCAUCAGUGAACUGGAUUAUGAAAUGUGUGUUUGUUGUAGUGUAUACUUUGGGCAACACUUGUUCCAAAUUUGGGAUUUUUGUUGUUUUGACUAUGUCAAUGAGAUUUACAAAUUCACCUACUCAUAAAAUGAAUGUGGUUUUUAAAUUGUUUACGAUGGGUUGUACAAUUGAUCAUUGGUUUAAAUUGAAUAUUUAUUGAACCUUUUAUUUUCAUAGUUUAUGCUCGACAGGGUAAGACAAUACUUUUGUUCAGAUUUAUUUAAAAUUGUCCCUCUGGGCAUGUUUUAUGGUACACCUUUUUUAAACACAAUUUUAACAAUACUUUU